AUGCGAGGGGCGGCCGCAAGAGGACGUCAGGAACGGGAGGAGGUUCGGGUUCAGCGUCUAAGCCCAUCCUGGGCCCGAUUAGGAGACGGAAGGCUGUGGAUUCUGGUUGGGAAAACGGUGGGAGUGGAAAGGAGGACGGUCAGCAAGGAGUUCACGCCACACUUCCUGGACUUCGAGUCCCGUGUCGGUUUCGUGAAGAAGGUGGUGUACGCGGGUCUGGUGUGUGCCACGAUGAGGGGCUACCGAGAUGUAAUCCUUGGACUUUUGUUGGGAUAUGGGAUCGUACAGCAGAUCCUGUUUAUCAGUAGCACGUUGGUGACCACCAUUUUCACACACGCGAUCAUGCGGAAAAAACCCGAGGUCAGCUGA